GAGAGUUAUUAAUUGAUGUACAAAAACCUGAGUCCAAAAUUGUACAUUGCAAAUCUCUCUUUUUUUUUGAAGGACUAGAUUGCAGAUAUCACAAUCCACAAUUCAGUGGCUUAGAUUACCAACCGUGCGUGCCUUGGCUAUUCAGAAUUUGAAUCCAGACGUUGCCCAACCUUUUUUUUUCUGCUGAUUAUCACUUCCCUUGGCUCAAUUUGCAACUGUGCUGUCCUCUAAAAUGAAUUGGGACGCUUGGCUUCCACCCUGCAGUGACAUUACCGCAGAGUCUCGAGCAUUUUUCCACACAUUUUCCUGGAGUGUACGGGCAGAGCCCCGCGGUCGUUCUGGGAAGCGACGGCGAAACGGGGGAAGCGGGCGCAGGACGCGCGCGAGGGGGAGGGGGAAUGCACUGCACGUUCCGUCUCGUUCCACGGCGAGGGCGAGCCGGGGUUAGUUGGCUGCUGCGGUGGCGUGCCGGAGAUGGAAAUAUUUUUGGACGCUGACCCAACCAACCCCCGCCUCGACGCAUCCCCACCAACCCCUGCCUCACGCUCCGCCUCCGAGCCUCAGACCAACCCAGAUCACCGAUCGCCGGCGCCACCUAUAUAUCGCGGCACACCCGCCCCUGACCUCCUCAGCUUCACGCUCCGAAGCUUCAACUACCCAUCCAGUUUACCUGAGCAGAGCACGAAAGCAGAGCGCGGAGAGGGAGGUAGCUACCUGAGCCGAGCUGACAGCAGAGCAGAUUGGUGCGGCAAUGGCUGCGGCGAGUAUGAUCAGGGCGCCGGUCGGGCAGAAUCCGAGGCUCGCGGGGAGGGGCGGCGGCGUGGUCCGGUGCUCGUUGCAGGGCGCGGUGGUGGGCGGCCGGGCCGAGUGGCAGAGCAGCUGCGCGGUGCUGUCCAGCAAGGUGGCCGCGCUCGGCGCGCACACGGUCAACGGCCACGUCGCGCCCGCGCCCGCGCCGCCGCAGCACGGGGCGGUGCUGGAUCUGGUCCCCGUGAGCAGCAUCGACGGCGGCGUCAAGAAGAACCUGCCGCAGCCGCUGCGUAUCGCGGACCUGUCCCCGGCGCCGAUGCACGGGUCGCAGCUGCGCGUGGCGUACCAGGGCGUGCCCGGCGCGUACAGCGAGAAGGCGGCCGGCAAGGCGUACCCGGGCAGCGACGCCAUCCCCUGCGACCAGUUCGAGGUGGCGUUCCAGGCCGUGGAGCUCUGGAUCGCCGACCGCGCCGUGCUCCCCGUGGAGAACUCGCUGGGCGGCAGCAUCCACCGCAACUACGACCUGCUGCUCCGGCACCGGCUCCACAUCGUCGGCGAGGUGCAGCUCCCCGUGCACCACUGCCUGCUGGCGCUCCCGGGGGUGCGCAAGGAGUGCCUCACCCGCGUCGUCAGCCACCCGCAGGCGCUGGCGCAGUGCGAGCACACGCUCACCGCCAUGGGCCUCAACGUCGUGCGCGAGGCCUUCGACGACACCGCCGGCGCCGCCGAGCACGUGGCCGCCAACGGCCUCCGCGACACGGCCGCCAUCGCCUCCUCCCGCGCCGCCGAGCUGUACGGGAUGGAGGUGCUCGCCGACGGCAUCCAGGACGACUCCGGCAACGUCACCCGCUUCGUGAUGCUGGCCAGGGAGCCCAUCGUGCCGCGCACCGACCGCCCCUUCAAGACCAGCAUCGUCUUCGCGCACGACAAGGAGGGCACCUCCGUCCUCUUCAAGGUGCUCUCGGCCUUCGCGUUCCGGGACAUCUCGCUCACCAAGAUCGAGAGCCGCCCGCACCGCCACCGGCCCAUCCGCCUCGUCGACGACGCCAACGUCGGCACCGCCAAGCACUUCGAGUACAUGUUCUACAUCGACUUCCAGGCGUCCAUGGCCGAGCCCCGCGCGCAGAACGCGCUGGCCGAGGUCCAGGAGUACACCUCCUUCCUCCGGGUGCUCGGGAGCUACCCCAUGGACAUGACCCCCAUGACCGCCGGCUCCUCCUCCGAUACCUCGCCGUCGUCCUGAUUACUGCUCCUGCAGCCCCCCGAGGAGGAGAAGCCGUCGAGCGAGUAGGGACGUUGGUUUCUGGUCAUGUCGUCCUACUCGAUCGUCCCUCGCCGCUGCGCUGCCCGGGAGCAAUUAAUUUUGAUUUUUUUACCUUUAUUUAUUUAUCUAUCGUGGUAAUACGUGUAAUUGUUCCAAGUUCAUCUCGAUAGCGGUGAAUACAAGUACCUGUCAGAUAGGCGAAACUCAUGUUCAUGCC